UGUGUUUCUCGAACUAUAGUGUCUCUGUUAAUCUUUCUCGAAUCAUUUCUCUGAAAAAGUUGGGUUUUUUAGGGCUUUUUAUAAUGCUGUGAAAUUCCGAUAGAGAACAGAGAUGGAGAAGGAAGUCGGCAAUGGCGGCGGAGAAGACCCAUGGUUGGCUCCGGACAAAUUGUACCAUGUAAUCUUCUGUCUCUCUGUCUCUAUCAUCUUCUCAACUGUCGCAUCUCUCUCUCGCUACUCCUUCAUCCGCCGCAAUUUCAUAUGGAUCGGAUCUGCGAUCUCCCUCGUCGCCGGGGCUGCCAAAGAGUUAGCCGACCAGAUCGGAAUCUUCCCCUCCGCCGGAGCCUCCGCCAAGGACGCAGUCGCAGACGCGGUUGGCGUUUUGACCGCUGCCGCUGUUCUCUUCCUCUGGAAACAUCGGCGAUUGCGUUCGGAAUCGGGUCAGACCCGGACGGUCUUGCCCGUCUGAGUGUGCUAGGGUUUUCGCGAAUUUCUCCGGAAUACCCUGUUUGGCCGCCGGGAAAACAGCGAGAAAAUGAAGGAAACUCGACGAAAGUUGAUAGCUUGUUUAUUUCUUCAUACAGAAAUCAAUAGAAAGUUUUCAACAUCUGAGGAAAUUAUAACAUUUCGGUUCGAUAUGGAUUCAUUUUUUUUUUGUUUUAGAAAAUUAUAACGAUCGAGUUUUUAUUUUAAUUUCG